AAAAUCCAGAGUAACACUAAGUGACUAGCAUGCCAGAAUUAGUCCUUGUUGAUCGACCAAUAAAUUACUAGUACAAGUUUUGACUAGACAAAUUAAGUAGUUUACAUUUAAACUUGUGAAGUCAUGAUAACUCAGUAAUUUUCCACAGGCUUGUUUUCAUAGCGUCCAAUGGAUCCUAGCUACUGUCGCAGAUCAAAGAGUGAGGAUGAGUUUGCUCUUUUUGUUCUUCCUACUUUAGGAGAACACUCAUAUUCCUCAAGGAGACCUAUGCACACUUCAAUACUCACAGGCGCACGGCGUGUAAAUGAAAUUUUAAAUGGACAUGAAGACCUAUGCAAAAGGCACUUCAGAAUGGAGACUGAUAUAUUUCAAGCUUUGGUUCAGAAAUUGCGCGAGAAUGAUCGCCUUGUUGAUGGAAGAGAUGUCUCAGUAGAAGAACAAGUGGCUAUAUUUUUGUAUGCAUUAUCUAAGAAUGCAACAAAUGAUACUUUGGCAGAUUGGUUUCAGCAUAGUGGACAAACAAUCAGUUACUAUUUUGGUGAAGUGCUCAGUGCAAUUACUGAACUCUAUUCUGUAUACAUACGUCCACCUUCCCUACACCCGCAUCCAAUCUUGAGUAAAGAAAAGUUCUACCCUUUCUUUAUGGAUUGCAUCAACGCUAUAGAUGGUACACAUAUUCCAUUGAAACUACCUGCUGAUGAGCAAGAACCAUAUCGCAAUAGGAAGCAAACAUUGUCGCAAAAUGUUAUGGUAGCAUGUGAUUUUGAUCUGAAGUUUGUGCAUGUGCAUGCUGGUUGGGAGGGAUCGGCUUCAGAUGCAAGAGUCCUACAGGAUGCACUUAGCCAUGGUUUUCAAGUACCCCCCGGAAAAUUUUACCUUGUAGAUGCUGGUUAUGCAAACACACCACAACUUUUGGCUCCAUAUCGUGGUACUAGGUACCACUUACAAGAACAAGGAAGAGCUCGCCAAAGGCCAAGAAAUUACAAGGAAUUAUUCAACCUACGACAUGCACAACUCCGAAAUCAUAUCGAGAGGAUUAUUGGUAUACUAAAAAUGAGAUUUCCGAUAUUGAGAGUGGCUUCACAUUACUCGGUGACCAAACAAAUUGACAUAUCAGUUGCUAGUUGUGUGCUGCACAAUUUCAUACGUUUGCAUGAUGGAGGUUUUUCAUGGCCUGAGAAUACUACUGUGGAGAUUGAUCAAGAACAAUUUGUUGAUGUGCCAAGUGGAGACCACAACUAUCACAAUGAUAUACAUGCUUUUAAUUACUCCAGAGAAGCUGGGAAUCAAAAAUGA